GAAGGAGGGGCAGAGGAAGAAGGGUCAUUAGCUGGGGGAAAGAAUGCAAAGGGGUGAGGUGUGGAGGAAUGAGUAGGGUGUGAACUUAAGUGUGAACUUAGGGUGGAGGGGCUAGGGUAGGAUGCAUGGGCAGGCCGUGUGAACUUAGAUGUGAAGUCAGUGAAAGGCCUUGGCCAAAAUGGCCCAAACUUGUGAAUCCUCUGAGCAGAGUUCACACCUCCAGAAUCCCAGACAGCCAGGAAGGUGUGAACCCUCUUGAUGAGUAGCCACCCCUCCAGAAGGGGAGCACUGGUUCCCACUGAAGCCCUGCCCUCUAAAACUGUGAUUGGCCCCUGUGAAGAGGGGAGGGGACAAGAAAGCACCAUAAAAAGCCAAGGAUCCUGGGACUUGAGUCACUCUUGUGGAGCUACUCUCCUGACUGGAGAGAGAGGGAGCUGAGCUAGAGACUGAGGCUGGGAGCUCUGUUCCGACUUGGACUUUGACUCCUGGGCUACUUUUUAGUGGGGUGAGGGAAAGGCUGACUCCUCUCCUAGUUUCUGGAGAGAGCUCGCUUCCAUCUUGGAGGAGUCCUCCUGAUUAAAUCUCUCACCCAGGAAGGCCAGUAGUGAGUAAUCUCGGCCUGGAUUGAGAGAGGAGAAAUCACUUUUCUAUCCCCUGUACAUUUUCCUACUUUAUUGUCUCCUCUCUCUUUGGUAAAGAAACUUCUGAGUUGAGAUAGAAUAGGCCACGGCGGCCGACUCGAGUGUCGGACUUGUGACCAGCCUUUCUUCUUGUGAGCUGCCGCCCGGCGCGGGCGUGGAAGCCGUGGUCGGGUCUGUGCGGGAAGCGGUGAUGGCGUCAGAGGGCCGCUGCUGGGAGGCCCUGCAGGCCCCGAGGAGCUCCGACAGAGGACCCUUGUCCUACCACCGCGACUGGCCUUUGAGGGGCCAGGAGACUUUGGAAGAACGCAUGUCCAUUCCUGAGUGGUCGACUUCCUCUGGAUGCGUGGCGGACCACAUCUUGCCUCCCUCUCAGCAGAAUCGACUUCCCUCUGAGGAUUCAUCGCUCUCUUCUGCUCCUGACCAAGUACUGUCUGUUCCUCAGACCCCUGCCAGACAUGCAAAGGUCUCCUCGCCAGUUUCCCUUGCAGCUCCAAGUGGAACUCGGCGUCAGGAGGAUGAACUCCAUCAGGCAAAAUCUGUGGUACUUCGCCCCUCGCGGGGAACGGAGGUGGAAGGAUGCAUUCGAUUGUAUGAGGAGGUACACAGGCUGAAGGGAACUAGAGGACUGAGGCAGAGGCAGGAAGAGCAUGAGAGGAAGGCAAGGCUCCUCUCUGAGAUGGCCUCAGAGCAGCUGAAGCGGUUUGAUGAACGGACGUCACGGAAACAGCACAAGGAGUAUCAGGACCUUCGGGAAGGGAUGGAGAAAAGUUUCCGAGAAACACAGGGUCAGCAGGAGCAGCUCCAAGAGGAACAUCGUCACAGAGCCCACAUGCUCCACCCGAAGCUGCGUGAGGCUGAGCAGCAGCCAUCGAGGCACACGGGGCAAGGACGGCUCAGGAAAGAAGAAGGCCAGGAUCGCUGGCGGCGUCUCUAUGCCCUCCAAGAGGAGGCACUGCAGCUCAACCAGCAGCUGGGUGCCAGUUAUCGGCACAACGGCCUACCGAGACGGGAUCUGUCUGCAUUUGGAGGCAGGGGAGACCAGUUGUGUGCGCUUAUUUCAGACAUCAUUCGGAGCGCCAGUGAGAGAGGUUUUCCUGCCCCAGAAGAUGAAGCCACCGCAGAACGGGCCCUGCAGGAAAUGCGGCACGUGCUUACUGGUUUACAGCAGGAGAUGGCCAAGGCUACUGAGGAAAAGAGGAGGCCAGAUGAAGAGGAGUGCGAGGACAAACAGGGGCAAUUGGAGCAGCGGCCGAGAGCCGAGAAGGAGACCCCAGAUCCUGGUCAGUGUCCCGGAGGGAAACAGAGAGAAGGCCUCCACGUCAAAGCAGGAGACGGUACCAUGCAGUGGUACCAGCAGCUACAGGAUGCUGCCAAUCAAUGUGUCUUGGCUUUUGAUGCAUUAACCAAUAGCAAAGAUCAGGAGGCCAAGAAGAUCAAAAUGGACCUGCAGAAAGCUGCCACUAUUCCUGUGAGCCAGAUCUCUACAAUAGCAGGCUCACAGCUGAAGGAGAUCUUUGACAAGAUCAACAAUCUGCUCUUGGGGAAAGCUGUCCCCUGCGGUGGUCGGUCUGUGUCAGUGACAAACCACCAACAAGGCCUGGACUUUGUCCACUACAAGCUGGCAGAGAAAUUCGUGAAACAAGGAGAAGAAGAAGUGGCUUCUCAUCACGAAGCAGCAUUCCCCAUUGCUGCUGUGGCAUCCGGAAUCUGGGAACUCCAUCCCAGAGUGGGGGAACUCAUCCUUGCUCAUCUUCACAAAAAAUGCCCUUACUCCGUGCCUUUCUACCCAGCCUUCCAGGAGGGCAUGGCCUCGGAAGAAUAUCAGAAGCUCCUUGGCUACCAAGUCAAGGAUUCCAAAGUAGAACAACAAGAUAGCUUUCUGAAGAGGAUGUCUGGCAUGAUUCGUCUCUACGCUGCUAUCAUUCAACUCCGCUGGCCUUAUGCAGAGAGACAAGGGGCUCAUCCUCAUGGCUUAAACCAUGGCUGGCGCUGGCUGGCACAGCUCCUGAACAUGGAGCCUCUGGCAGAUGUGACCGCCACUCUUCUCUUUGACUUCUUAGAGGUAUGUGGGAAUGCGCUCAUGAAACAGUACCAGCUUCAGUUCUGGAAGAUGAUGCUACUCAUAAAGGAAGAAUAUUUUCCCCGAAUUGAAGCCAUCACCAGUUCAGGACAGAUGGGGUCUUUGAUACGUCUCGAACGGUUCCUGGAGAACUGUCUGCAGCAAGGGGAGAUCCCCGUCCCAAAGGGCUCCCUGCCGCCUUCUUUCUGGCUUUCCUGAUGGUGGCUUAGGUGCUGCUUCCUUUCUUGGAGGAAAAGGAAUCCAAGAACAGAAGACAGCAGAAUUCGAGGGGAAAUGGGCUCAGGUUUUGAAAUCUGAACAUGGAGUUGGGUUUUUUGUUUUCUUUUUUUUUAAAUCUCAUGGCCAGGCCCAGGUGGUUUUCACAGUUUGGACGUCUUCUCAAACUUCAUCAUGAAUUACGGAAAGAAGUCUUCACCUCGCAGAAACAGGAGUCACCAAGACAAUUGGCUUUCACGACCAUGACAGGGAAAGGAACUGCACUUUGAUUCUUCAUGAAAGACAUAAAGAACGGCUAUUGGUCUGUAAUUAUGAUGGUAACACUUCACAUUGGUCAUCAUUUUACUGUUACAAAGUGCUUUCCCGUUAUCUUGCUCCUUACCACAAACUCGUUCAGAGAGGUAGUGUAAUUCCUACUCUUGUCCCUGAUUGCCAGAUGAGGACGCGGGCUCAGAAAGCUCGUGGCUUGCUCAGAGUUACUUUGCUCUUCAGUGAUGAAGUUACGAUGUGAACGUAAGUCUUCUAACCCCAAGUUCGGUGCCCUUCCUGCCACAGCACCUGUCUCCCUUUUCCUCCCCUUUGUCUGUAUUUGUCUAGCGGUUUGGACAUUAGCUUCAGAGCACAGCGAGCUCUUCAUAUUUAGCCAAAUCCCUUGAAAAGGAGCAAAGCUUUGGAGAAUGCUUUUGGUAAUGAUCAUUGGUAAAACCGUCAUAAGUGUAUUCCAGAGCCUAUUAUGUUUAGAAUCAUGUCUGGCUUCUGGUUGAUUUGCUUCUCACAACUUUGUAUUAUAUGUGGUUCAGAGAGAGUUUGUUCAAUUAAAAAAAAAUGCAUGGUCCCUUCAGCAAUGCAUAUAUAUCCCAUCUAAAGAUGCAGUUGAGUUGGAUGAGCCAAAUGGAUGUUUAAAAGUGGCGGUAUUGGGAGCUUUUGCAGAGUAUUAAUUUCCUUAGGGCUUGCUUUGCUUUAAUUGUCCACAUCGUGGCCAAAUCCCAUUUAAUUUUUGCAGUUAAUCUAAGAUUCAGAGGUCAGUGCUCUCGGUAUUCAAUGUCGAGGGAGUUUUAAGGAGCCACAAGUUGAGCACACAUAGAUGUUAUGAAUCUGCAGAAUAACCAGAAGACACUGGUCUCCUAUGUCCUUCAGGGAAAUCCAGAUCUUGAAUUGUUGGGAGAUUUUAGAUUUGUUGUGAAGAAAAGAACCCUUCUCCUUUAACCUCAGUAGGUACAUCUAUAUGCCUUGAUGAUGUGUAUAAUGUAUAUGUGUAAUAGUUUUUUUUUUAAUACGAAUGUGAUAUGAAGUGAUUCGUUCUCUGAAUGAUUGAAUACACUUCUAAAACCAUUAAUAAAAGUUUUAUUUCUAA